CCGAGGCGGGGCUGUGCGCGGCCCUGGGGAGAGGGGCGGGCAGCGGGGCAGCUCCUGCGGGCCGCGCCGGGGAGCGGGCGGAAGCGACUUGGAUAAUAACAAAAUGGAACCUGCAAAGCUGCACUACUGGAUUCUGGGUUGGUUUUCCAUGGCACUGUGUUGUUGGUGUACUUCAGAUACUUUUACUCAAAGUGACAGCCACCCUCAUUCCUGGAAAAAGCUGUAUCUUGCUCAUCAUUGGCCAGUGACUGUAUGUAAGAUGAAUGCUAAUGAUUGUCAUGACCCUCCACAGUACUGGACAAUCCAUGGACUGUGGCCUGACAAAGGUGAAGACUGUAAUAGGACAUGGCAUUUCAAUGUCACCGAGAUCAAGGAUCUUAUGUCAGACAUGAGACACUACUGGCCUGAUGUGCUUCAUUCAUCUCUGAAUCGCACCCAGUUCUGGAAGCAUGAGUGGGACAAACAUGGCACUUGUGCAGCCACACUCGAGGUCCUUAAUUCUCAGAAAAAAUACUUUGGUAAAGCCUUAGAACUCUAUCAGCAUAUUGAUCUCAGUGGUUGUCUCUUGAAAGCUAGGAUAAAGCCACGCAGUUCGUACUAUAAGAUGCCUGUUAUAAAGGAAGCUCUAACAAGAUUUUAUGGUGUAAYGCCAAAGAUCCAGUGCCUUCCUCCAGAAGAGGGUGAAGAAGCACAAACAAUUGGCCAGAUUGAAUUUUGCUUCACCAAAGAGCUGCAGCUGAUAAACUGCACGGCGCUGAAGGGUGAAUCCAACCCAAUGCAGGCUCACUUGAAGCUUGGAACUCAGGAGCUGUCGAUCUGCAAUGAUACUCUCCCAACCUAUUAUCCUUCAGAGGUCCAAGGUCACAAAUGAAGACACAAAAGUUUGAAAAACUUUUUAAAAACAGCAACAAAAAUCAAACUCCUGUAAUAUAACAAGCCCCUGUCUGUAUCCCAGGGCUACUGUGGAUAACUGCUGGAAAACACAGUUCUUUUGCUAUUAAAAGAGAAUCGUCUACAUGAUGGAUGAGCAUCUGAUCUACAACUUGGUCUGGAUUUUUGGCUUGCUUGUGGUUUGAAUCAAUGUUCAAAAGAGCACUGUGACUUCUAAGUUUGACUUGCAUUUAAGUCUGCCACUUCAGCUGCUUUUUGGUUUUUACCAGUGAGUCAGGGAAAGUAAUUUGUGUUGAAAGGAUGAUUGUCUCUCUGAGAUGACAAUUUCUUGAGAAGAAAAUACUGUAAAGAAAAAGAGUUCUGAGAUCUAUCUGGGAAUUACCAUUCCCAGAUGUGAUAGCCACUGUCUUGCAUCAUUGCUCUCCAGAAGUGCAGAGCAGAUCAUGUCCUCUGAGGGGUUGAACCUUUCCUCACUCAGGGAUCACAGUGGACUAAAGACAGCUUUUGCAUAAAUUCUUAGUGAAGUAAUAACAUUUUCCAGGUGUGAGCUUUUCUCCCCAAAAGAUCCCAGGCACACUGUAUUUGUAGCUUUACCUGUUUUUUGACUUUUUUUGUGGCAUUAGCUCCAUACAGCCUUGAGGAACAACCAGUGUUAGAGCUUACAUGUUAGUACAGGAGAAUGUUAGCCCCUAGAAAUAUGUUGUUACUAAUUCUUAGUUGUUUAAGCAUUCAGCCUUGCUACACACGAGUAUCUGCACUUUUAUAUGAAAACAAGAUUGUCACAUAAUCACYUUGUUCCAAGAAACAGCUUUGUAUAGAUGAAACAAUAAAUACUACAGGGUUUUCAGUAAAAGGUACAGAUGUUGCCAAUAGUGCAUCUCUACACUAUAGUGAAUAGUAACAUGCCACAGUUGCAUGUUUCCAAAGGGAACCAAAUUUUGAUGGCAUCUUCCCCACAGUGCUGUGRUAAUCUAUGUGUCACAAACUGUGUUUCAAAGAAAAACAAUUAUGGCUCAAGGAACCAUCUGUUUGUUAGAAUAAUAUUACUGUGAAAACAGUCAAGAUGACACAAAGUUGCAGAGGGAGGGUGCUACUUUGCUGGAGGGUACAAGGGCUAUGCAGAGCAACUUGGACAGGCAAGAUGUGCAACCAGCACGGUGCUGGCUAGACGGGAAAAGCCUCCGAGCAAAAGUGUUGCUUUCCAGGGAGAGAUCUGGCUUGUUCGCACGCUUUGGAAGGUGCAACGCAGCCAGCCAAGGGGGAUCCUCAGAGAAAGCUAUKUCGCUGAGAAUUCUGCUUGUAAACACUCUCUCUUUGCUGCAUCUCUCCAGCCGGCAAGUGGGCACGGCACUGGAUAUACGGGGAAAGCUUCCUAGCAAAAUWGUUGCUUUCCAGUGCGAAAUCUUGCUUGUAACACACUUUGGAAGUGGCAAUGCUGCAGACUGAUGGGGCACUAUAGAGAAAGCAUUUCUCCAAGACAUUCUGCUUUUAAUGUCUCUCUCUUGCUGCAUCUCGCCGCCUUCAAAUGGGCAACUCGCUGGCUAGACGGGAAAAGCC